UUAGGUCACAUAGCUCGUGACAAUCAACGGGAUGAUAACUGAUUCUUUAUGAGAAACAGUAUCACUUUCACAAAGAAUGACUCUGGCUUUGAUAUGAAAACAAGCUAUUAUCUUCAGCACAGGUCCUGUUAAAAACCCCUGAGAUUUGCAGCACAGAUCCUUAACAUGCAACGGUUUAAAAGUCUAACUCUGUCACAGCACUGCCAGUCUUCCUCCAUGCACUUCUACCUGCAGCACAUGUAGAAAAGUCGUAUUUCCUGGUUGUGGCACAUGAUCAGGAUGACUCGAGGUAUUCUGCUACUCCUGGUUUUGCAGACCGUUACAAGAUAUGCAGUUUCCCAAACCAUACUUGCUCCAACAUCCUCAAGUUCUACAGUGAGACUUGUCGGCUCUACAAGUCGUUGCUCUGGCAGAGUGGAAAUCUUCCAUAAUGGCCAGUGGGGGACGGUGUGUGAUGACCUCUGGUCACUCAACAAUGCUCAGGUGGUUUGUCAACAGCUGGGUUGUGGCAGGGCUAUGCGGGCACUAAGAUGGGCCUAUUUUGGACAGGGCAGUGGACCAAUCUGGUUGGACAAUGUUCAAUGUGCAGGAAAUGAGUCAUCAAUAACCGAUUGUGUUCAUGGAGGGUUUGGAGCCCACAACUGUUAUCAUGGGGAGGAUGCUGGUGUCAUGUGUGAAGAAAUUGGGGCGGUAGUUUCUGAAACCACACCUGGUCCAACAUCAUCAAGUUCUGCAGUGAGACUGGUCAACUCUACAAGUCCUUGCUCUGGCAGGGUGGAGAUCUUCCAUCGUGGCCAGUGGGGGACGGUGUGUGAUGAUAUGUGGGGACUCGACAAUGCUCAGGUGGUUUGUCAACAGCUGGGUUGUGGUGAGGCUACUUGGGCACCAACUGAGGCCUAUUUUGGACAUGGCAGUGGACCAAUCUGGUUGGACAAUGUUCGAUGUUCAGGAAAUGAGUUUUCAGUAACAGACUGUGCUCAUGGAGGGUUUGGAUCUCAUGACUGUGGUCAUAGAGAAGAUGCUGGUGUUAUAUGUGAAGAAAUUGAGGCCAUGGUUUCUGAAACCACAUCUGGUCCAGCAUCAUCAAGUUCUACAGUGAGACUGGUCAACUCUACAAGUCGUUGCUCUGGCAGAGUGGAGAUCUUUUAUAACGGCCAGUGGGGGACAGUGUGUGAUGAUCUGUGGGGACCUGACAAUGCUCAGGUGGUUUGUCGACAGCUGGGAUGUGGUGGGGCUGUGUGGGCACCAAUCGAGGCCUAUUUUGGGCAUGGCAGUGGACCAAUCUGGUUGGAUGAAGUUCAAUGUUCAGGAAAUGAGUCAUCAAUAACUGACUGUGUUCAUGGAGGGUUUGGAUCCCACAACUGUCAUCAUGAUGAGGAUGCUGGUGUCAUCUGUCAAGAAAUUUGGGUUGGAGUUUCACGAACUGGACACGGUCCAACAUCACCAAAUUCUACAGUGAGACUGGUCAACUCUACAAGUCGUUGCUCUGGCAGGGUGGAGAUCUUCCAUAAUGGCCAGUGGGGUACGGUGUGUGACGACAUGUGGGGACUCGACAAUGCUCAGGUGGUUUGUCAACAGCUGGGUUGUGGUGAGGCUACUUGGGCACCAAUCGAGGCCUAUUAUGGACAGGGCAGUGGACCAAUCUGGUUGGACAAUGUUCGAUGUUCAGGAAAUGAGUUCUCAAUAACAGACUGUGCUCAUGGAGGGCUUGGAUCUCAUGACUGUGGUCACGGAGAAGAUGCUGGUGUCAUGUGUGAAGGAGAACUUGGCAACAUCACAUCAACAUCACCAAGUUCUACAGUGAGACUGGUCAACUCCACCAGUCGUUGCUCUGGCAGAGUGGAGAUCUUUUAUAACCGCCAGUGGGGGACAGUGUGUGAUGAUAUAUGGGGACUCGAUAAUGCUGAGGUCGUUUGUCAACAGCUGGGUUGUGGUGGGGCUGUGUGGGCACCAAUCGAGGCCUAUUUUGGGGAGGGCAGUGGACCAAUCUGGUUGGAUGAAGUUCAGUGCUCAGGAAAUGAGUCGUUCAUCACAGAUUGCACACAUGGAUUGCUCGGAUCCCACGACUGUCAUCAUGGGGAGGAUGCUGGUGUCGUCUGUGAAGGAGAACUUGGCGACAUCACAUCUAGUCCAACAUCACCAAGUUCUACAGUGAGACUGAUCAACUCCACCAGUCGUUGCUCUGGCAGAGUGGAGAUCUUUUAUAACGGCCUGUGGGGGACAGUGUGUGAUGACAUCUGGGGGCCAAACAAUGCUGAGGUGAUCUGUCGACAGCUGGGAUGUGGUGGGGCUUUGAGGGCACCAAGUCAGGCCUAUUUUGGGCAUGGCAGUGGACCAAUCUGGAUGGAUGACGUUCAGUGCUCCGGAAAUGAGUCAUCCAUAACAGACUGUGCACAUGAAGGGUUCGGAUCCCACGACUGUCAUCAUGGGGAGGAUGCUGGUGUCGUCUGUCAAGAAAUUGGGGCCGUAGCUUCUGAAACCACACUUGGUCCAACAUCAUCAAGUUCUACAGCGAGACUGGUCAACUCUACAAGUCGUUGCUGUGAAGGAGAACCUGGGAACAUUACAACCAGUCCAACACCACCAAGUUCUACAGUGAGACUGGUCAACUCUCCCAGUCGUUGCUCUGGCAGAGUGGAAAUCUUCCAUAACGGCCAGUGGGGGACGGUGUGUGAUGAUAUCUGGUCACUCAACAAUGCUCAGGUGGUCUGUCAACAGCUAGGUUGUGGCAGGGCUAUGUGGGCACUAAGAUGGGCCUAUUUUGGACAUGGCAGUGGACCAAUCUGGUUGGAUGACGUUCAAUGUUCAGGAAAUGAGUCGUCCAUAACAGAAUGUGCACAUGAAGGGUUCGGAUCCCACGACUGUGAUCAUGAUGAGGAUGCUAGUGUCAUCUGUGAAGGAGAACUUGGCAACAUCACAUCCAGUCCAGCACCACCAAGUUCUGCAGUGAGACUCACCGGCUCUACAAGUCAAUGCUCUGGCAGAGUGGAGAUCUUCCAUAAUGGCCUGUGGGGGACGGUGUGUGAUCGCUACUGGGGAUUGACUGAAGCUCAUGUAGUCUGUCGACAGCUGGGUUGUGGCAGGGCUAUGCAUGCACUAGGUAAUGCCGUUUUUGGACAUGGCAGUGGACCAAUCUGGUUGGACUACAUUCGCUGUUCAGGAAAUGAGUCAUCAAUAACUGACUGUUCACAUCGAAGGUUUGAUUCCUAUUACUGUCAUCACCAAGAGGAUGCUGGUGUCAUUUGUGAAGGUGAGCCAGUAGUUCCAGUGAGACUGGUCAAUUCUACCAGUCGUUGCUCUGGCAGAGUGGAGAUCUUCCAUCAUGGUCAGUGGGGGACGGUGUGUGAUAACAUCUGGGAACUCGCUCAUGCUGAGGUGGUCUGUCGACAGCUGGGUUGUGGCAGGGCUAUGUCGGCACCACAAAGGGCCCAUUUUGGGGAGGGCAGUGGACCAAUCUGGUUGGAUGAAGUUCAGUGCUCAGGAAAUGAGUCGUCAAUAACUGACUGUGCACAUCGAGGGGUUGGUUCUCACAACUGUCAUCAUUUUAAAGAUGCAAGUGUUGUCUGUAAAGGUGAUGCAAUCCUCCAGACCUCUCAACUUGUUUGCUCCCGCAAUAGUCUCCAAGUUGGUGUCCAGAUAAACAGCCUUGUGUCAUCUGGUUUGGAUCCACUCUCUGGUCGCAUCGAUACAUCUUACUGUUCCAGAUACAGAGUGCGUGAAGGUUUGGUGUGGUACGAAGUGUCGCGUCGGGCAGACUACUGCGGAACAGUACUCACGACCAACAGGACCCACGCCAUCUACUCCAACUCCUUGUUUUUCUUUGCUGCAAGCAAUUAUUCCUCAGAUAUACCUGAGAUUAUUCAUUUCUCCUGUGCUUACCCCUUGGAAACAAAUGCCAGCCUGAACUCUGUAAUCAGACCUCAACAGAAUGAAAGUGGUCUUUCAGGGUUAGGUACCAAACCCACAGCCUACAUCUAUCUAUACAGAGAUGCCAGAUUUUACAGAAGGUACUCACCAGGCUGGGUCAUCCUACCAAUGGGCUCUGCUCUACAUGUGGAAGUGUCUUCAGAUGAGAGAGAUUAUAACUUUGCAGUGCUUCUGGAAAGAUGCUACACCACUCACUCUUCAAACCCUGAUGAUGUAGUGCAAGACAUCCUCAUUCUUUCCCGGUGUCCAACUGACCCUCAACAUGUGAGAAUGGUUCGGAACGGCGUCUCUCUCCGUGCUCGUUUCUCUGCCUUCAAUGUCCAGAGUGACAGUACAUUCAUCUUCCUUCACUGCCAACUAAGCCUCUGUGACACCAGGAACAACAUCUGUGUCCCAUCUUGUGGAGGCAGGACACCGCGCUCUGUUCCAGACACAGCUCAGCUUGAUCUCCUCAGCAUUGGACCAAUUACCUGGGACAAGUGACCUGUUAAAGGAGUGAGCUGGGCAACUCUACAAACUGAUGCAUGCUUUUUUCUAAGAUAUUUUUAGUUUAGAUGGUGUUUAAUUUCCUAAUUAUUAAAUGCCCUUCAUUUAAAUAGUCUCAGUGUGUAGGCAGUGCUCAGCACUGACUCUGUUUUAGCUUCUUACAAACUUUGUAAUGUCUAAACUGCACUUUACUGUCAUAAAAAAACAAUACAAUAAAGUUACAUAAUAGAAACUGAGUUGCAAUAAAAAUGUGCAUGAAAA